GAUUAAAGCCCGCCGUGUUUCGCCGGUGUGGUGUGUACAUACACCUUUGCCAUUGUGUCCGUGCUUACGGUUGCCUCCGAAUUUCUUUGCAACCCUCCAUUGUUUCCAGUCAUCAUGAGCAACGCCGGCCACACACAGAAGCUCUACGCCAUCACCAUCUUCGGCUACAAGAAGGAGGGCAUGGGCGAGGAGGAAUACCAUGACUAUGUGAGCAAAGUACAUGCUGGGCACCUGAAGGCCCUCCUGGCCCAGAAUAACAUUGUGUCUUACACGAUGCAACACAACACGUCGGAAACUCGCAGGAUGCUUCAGGCAAUCCACCCUGGCGCCCCCGCCGAGAAGGAGGCGGACUGUGACAUGGUGGUCCAAAUCGUCUUCAGGGACCUCGACGACUACCUUAGGGUGCGGCAGGACCCCCAUUUCCUGCAGGUGGUGAACCCAGACCAUCACAACUUCGCCGAGGGCAAGAAGACAAAGUUUGUCACGGGCUGGUAUGAACUUCAUGUCGUCGAUGGUCGUGUGGUUUCGUGA